AUGCCAGUGCAUACCCAAAAUCCUCAUGGAACGACGGCCUACGCGCCCCCAGUCACUUGUCGAGCCGCUUCACCCGCUUCAUCCAUUGGAACGCAGUAUGGCGACGACGCUACACCAGAGGACGAAAUGGAGAUGGAUGACUGGGAGUUCGAAGAGAUGUGCUUGGAUAGAAUACGCCUAAGGGACCCUCGACCAGAAGAAGAAUUGGCAGAGCGAGAUCCCCUUGUCACCGAUCCAGCUCGAGGGAAGGGUGGUGACGCAGAACAAGCCUUGUUUGAGAAAAUUCUGCAGAAUUUGCGUGCUGAGAUCAAGCGCCUGGACGACGAGGAAAUCUAUGAGCGAGCGUUACUCAAGGGCUCCCAGAUUGGUCUCGAAAUUCAGGCUCCAACAACAGACAUUGACAAGAUCAUGAGGAGCAUGAUGGGCUCUGCACUCAGUCUGGGAGCACCUGAUCGUGUCCAGAGGCCAGUGCCAGCAGACGCAAUGCCAGAGGAUGUUCCGACACAGCCUGUGGAAGAGGUUGCACCCGGCCCAUGGAACAAUUAUGGCAAGAAACCUCCCUCGUUGGCUCCCCAUAUCUUUCCAAGAGCGCCCUCCUUAGCUCCCGCAUCGCCAACGAAUAGCGUCUUCGCUCCCGCCUCCUCCAUUGCCUCGGCCCUCACCACCACCGCUUCGACGACAGCAACCUCACCUAUGGGAGAAGAAAUGACCGUGGACAACCAUAUCGACGCUUUCAAAGUGCGCAGCCAGGACUCUCGUGCAUCUUUGACGGACCAGUCUCAUUCCAUGGAUGCCAUCCUUUUCCACCCCGAACUCUGA